ACAAUCUGAAUACAAAGAUUUAAGUUCAAACAUUAAAUUAUUUAUAUGCUUACAUAAAGAUUGUGCAAAAUAUUUUGUGUUUCAAUGCUCUCGGUCGCUGCAAAUAUCAAGAGUCUUGGCACGUGUAAAUAUUUUAUGAAGUCAUUACAAUAUUACAUUUCUUAGAAUGUAUUGCAAGAUUGCUACAACUGUUCAUUUGUACUGCCGAACGACAACAAGAACCAUGGAUGUUUAUAUUAUUUGGCUUCUUGUUCACAUGUCAAUCAACAAUAUCAUCUUGGCAAACGGUUUUAAGAUUAAGACGACGAUGUUUCGAAUACGUCGUAGUAAACAACAUGAUGUACGUAAAUGUGCAAUGGAAAUUCUAAACAACGAAACCAGUGUUGCUGGUCUGAUCUCUGAUCUUACUGGAAAAUGCGAGAAACUCAAGAGGUCACCGGAUGAGCAGCAAACUUUGGAACCAGGCUACGGAUACGUGGAAAAAAUGAACUUCAAAGAAAUAUUUCAACCACCGGUAUGUUUCAUGCGUGUCUUCAUUCAACACUGAUCAAAUGUUUAUUUAUAUUUCUUGUUAAGCCGUAGACACAAAAGAAUUAAUAGGAUAGUCAUACUGGUAUA